AUGGAGGCAACGAAUUUGGCUAUGUCACCGAGAGAGAAUUUAAAACCGAGAUCAGAACAUAAGGCUUUACAAUUAAAUUCAAAACCCAAUCAGAUCUCCAAUACUUUGCUAAAGCAGUUUUCGUACAACGAAAUACAUAAUCGUAGAGUGGCAUUGGGCAUUACGUGUGUGCAAUGUACUCCUGUACAGCUGGAGAUUCUGAGAAGAGCUGGAGCGAUGCCGGUGUCAUCGCGGAGAUGUGGUAUGAUAACUCGUCGAGAAGCUGAGCGACUUUGCAAGUCAUUCUUAGGUGAUAAUGCUCCACCACGGCUGCCUGAUGACUUCGCAUUCGCAGUACAUCAUGAGUGUGCUUGGGGAUGUCGCGGAGCUUUUCUACCAGCCAGGUACAACUCAUCCCGUGCGAAAUGCAUCAAGUGCGCAUACUGUGGUCUUUUCUUCUCGCCCAAUAAAUUUAUCUUCCAUUCGCAUCGAGUGGGUCCCGGUGAUAAAUAUGUCCAGCCGGAUGCUGCCAACUUUAACUCUUGGCGGAGGCAUAUGAAACUAAGCGGUAGUCCACCUGAUGAGGUGAUCCACGCUUGGGAAGAUGUUAAAGCAAUGUUCAAUGGUGGAACGCGCAAGAGGAUGCUGUCGGCCGCUAGAAGGGUUCCUAUCCGCAGACCCGAGGCAGAGGCAGCAAGUGAUAAUAAGCGGCCGCCCGCCAGUCCUCCGGCGCACGCUCCUGUGCCGCGACUGGCAGACUACGUGUGGGGUGCGAGGUUACCACUCCCCUACGCCAUACCCUGGUUGAAACCUUCAUUGUGGACACCAGAAGAGCCGCGAGCUUUCAGACCUGUCCGUUCACACCGAUUGGAUUCACCGCAGUUAUCACCUGUGCUUUCACCUCCUCGAUCCCCCAACAGGUCACCGACAGCGUCAUCACCGCGGCGGAGUCGCUCACCGGUUCGUUCACCCGCCCGUUCACCGCCCCGCUCCCCCCUACGCUCAUCACCCGCACGCUCAGCUAAAAGUGACCGUGACAGCGAUGAAAGUGUAGAUAUUGAGACCACAGAAGAAGACCAACCUAGAGAUGCGUCAUGCACAUGGACUGGUCACACAACGACCCUCCGUACCGAGGAAUCUUGUUGGAGUGGAUUGGUGCCGAAGGUGGAACGAGAAGAAGAACGAAUGGAGCCAUGGCGGCUUCCAGACCUGCGUCCCGCCUUACACUAUUUACAUGAAAGAGAAAGAGAUGGCUGCGCAGCAUGUGUAGCUCCUUUGCCACUACUGCCUCCAGCGCCAGCGCCUCAUUAA